UUCUGGAAAAGACUUUCAGUGUCAGUUGAAGGGAAACUGUUAUCACAAGAUUACCUUAUCAAGAAUCAGGAAGUACAGUGAGAUCAGCAUUAGAUUUUGAAAAAUAUUGUUGUGAGUAGGAGACUAUAUAUAUUAGGUAUUGGAUUGGAGAACAGACUUGUCAGAAUUGUCUUCCUGCAUUAAUUUGCUCUAUUGAGCUUCUUUAUUAUUUAAUGUGACACCAACUUCUAACGGCAUGAACGCAACUACUUUACCACUAAGUACUCGCGUUACUCUAGCAUUUUUAAUGGGCUUACUAGCUUUUGCUAUAAUGCUAGGAAAUGCUGUGGUUAUUCUAGCUUUUGUGGUGGACAAAAAGCUUAGACAUCGAAGUAAUUACUUCUUCCUUAACUUGGCCAUUGCUGACUUCUUCGUUGGUAUGAUCUCCAUUCCUUUGUACAUCCCUCACACGCUGUUUGAUUGGGAGUUUGGAAGUAGACUCUGUACCUUUUGGCUCAUUGUUGACUACCUUUUGUGUACAGCGUCUGUGUAUAACAUUGUUCUCAUCAGCUAUGAUCGAUACCAGUCAGUCUCGAAUGCUGUAUCUUACAGAGCUCAGCACACUGGGAACUUGAAGAUUGUGGCUCUGAUGGUGGCUGUCUGGGUGCUGGCCUUCUUAGUGCAUGGGCCAAUAAUUCUAAUUUCAGAGUCUUGGAAGAAUUCCAGCUUGAGGAUCUUGGAGAAGGAUUGUGAACCUGGAUUCUUUACCCUAUGGUACAUCCUUGCCAUCUCGUCAUUCUUUGAAUUCCUGGUCCCAGUCUUUGCCGUGGCCUAUUUCAACAUGUACAUUUACUGGAGCCUGUGGAAACGUAGCAAUCUCAGUCGGUGGCAAAGCCAGCCCACACUUACUUCUCCUGUCUCUCCCAGUAACUGUGGGUCCUCACUCACAGGUAGACUGUUUCGAAGAACAUCUCUUCCGGAACAGAAGGAAACAGCACCGUCUGCUCCUCUGAAAAGACAUGAAAGAAAGAGCAGCCUCUUGUUUUCUUUAAGAGCCCAGAUGAAUAGCAGUAUAAUUGCUUCCAAAAUGGCUUCCCUCACCCAUUCUGAUUCACUCUGUCCUCACCAAAGGGAACAUAUUGAACUGCUCAGAGCCAGGAAAUUAGCCAAGUCACUGUCCAUUCUCUUAGGCGUUUUUGCCAUUUGUUGGGCUCCCUAUUCACUGUUUACAAUCAUUCGUUCAAUCUACCCACUAGACCAGCGUCCUCACAUAGUUGGGUAUGAAAUCACAUUUUGGCUUCAAUGGCUCAAUUCCUUUGUCAAUCCUUUUCUGUAUCCCUUGUGUCACAAGCAUUUCCAGAAGGCUUUCUUGAAACUAUUUCCUAUGAAAAAGAAGUCCAUAUCAUCACAGACUCGGUCAAUGUCCUCUUAAAGGUAAUUUUAUCCUUUAUAAAAAUUUUAGUCUUAUUCUCACCUGCGUGAAUUUGAUGUGACUUUCAUUUUGCCCUUUCCACUCUAUUAGGAAAGUCCAUAAAAUUGUAACACUCGAAAACUUAAAAAAAAAAAAAAAAAGAUUGGAGCCUGGAAGUCAAGGGAAAAUGAUCCUGGUGAAUAAUAGUACAGUUAGAUUUAGAUGACAAUGUUUUUGUAAACUCAUAGCCACAAAUCACUGUACCUUUCUUUCUCAUUGCCUCCUCUUUGUCUUUUAGAUCUCGAUAUGGCACUGAUGGUGAAAAUUAAGAGUUCUUGUUUUCUUUCUACAUUCAGGGUUUACUAUAGCCUAAGUGAAUUUCCCUUUUUAUUUUAUAGUGUUGAAGAAUUCUCAAGUUUUGAAGAUGUUUUACCUAAGAUAUGCAAUAGAAAAGGGGGCUAUAAUUUCUUUUUGCUGGAGGUGGGCAAUUCUGGUAUGAUCAGAGGGCAGGUGUGUUGGGGCUUGAGUUGAGAGGCAGGGAGCGAGGGUGGGCCCAGAUGGAAAAGUGGCAGGCAUGUGUACUUCCAGACUCUAUGCUCCUGAUCCCAGAAGAGAAGGAAGUGUGGGGAGGGAAGAGAAGGUAGCUGUAGCUCUCAGAUGUCCUUUGUGUCCUUAUCUGGGAGGCCCAGCAAACACAGGUUGAGGAGUAAGUUACAGACAAGCCCCCCAUCUGGUCGAAAGGAUGACUUUCCUUCUUUCCUUCCUGCCCUCUUCUUCCGGAUUUCAUGUUGGCUAAAACCUCUGUGAGAAAAUAUGGAAGAAAGGGAAAGGCUAAAUGAUUAACAAAAGGACUGUGUGAUUAAACCUGAUGUACCUGGUAUAACAUUCACAGGACUCGUGGAUGUCAAUAAUUAUUAAUAAAAUAUACUUCUGUUUUUAUUUGAUGUCUUUAACUUGUGGGCAGUUCUCAGAACGAUUCCUUUAUAUGCAGUGAGUAUAGGUUAUACUUACUGACGAGUCACAUUUUCUUAGGCUGGUGACAUUUUGUUCUUUUUGUCAUUAUUAACUUUUCUUCUUCCUUCUCCUCCUCCUCCUUCUUGUGUUCUUUGACUGAAAUGAAAUAACAUUUCAUUUUGAUUUUGGUUAAUUUCCUCUCUCCUCUAAGGUUUUACUCAUGUUUCUCUUGUCACUUCUCAGAGUUCCUAUACAAUUUAGUCAUUUUCAUAUUUCUUAGACCCUUGAAAUCUUGGUUAAAUUCAAACACUAAAAUAUGAAAAUCCUUCAAGUACAUCAAUGAUUAGAUAGGCCCCUAAUUUUUAUAUAUACUCAUGCCUUGCAUUAAGUCGAAAAUAGGAGAUACACGUUUAACAUUCAAUAGUAAUCUCAAAAAUUCAGGAAAUAAAUCCUCAUAAAUUUGCAACUUUUUAUAAAAUUACUUGUUAGCUAUUGUUUUUGACAUCCAUAAAUUAGUAGUUGUGUAUUUCGUAUGAUUACUGGAGGCUUGAAGGUCCAUUGAAUGGUGUGGCUCCAUGGAAACUUUUUCUGAUUGAACCCUAGCAGAAACAUGCCUAAAUAUGCAUAUGUAUCUUCUAAAAUAUAGAAAACUAAUAUAAAAUUGUUUUUCAUUCAAAGUUGUCAUCAGUGUACAACAUACUGUCAUUUUAUUUAUCACUAUAAAAGAAAAUGCUGCAAACUGUCUAUGAAAUGAUACUUUCAAAAAUCACAUUGCUAGGAAGUCCCAUUCUGAUUUCAGAGUUGUUGAAAGGUGAGUGAUAUGUAUCUUGGAAGUGAGAAAGUACGAUACGUUUAUGAUGAAUGAAUAGAACAAGCUAAUCCUCUGUGAAAUGAGAGUUGGAAUAAAUAAAUACUUUUGAUGGAA